AUGGCGACCACCAAAACCUCACACGCUCCUUUCCCAGACGUCGCUGGAUUACGCACAUCAGGUCCUGACUUUUCCCGAGUCGGUCAGCACUGCAAGCUAUUGCGAGUCGAGGAGACGCUUGAGCUGGAUGCAGACGCAGCAUCUUCUUUCGCCAACAAAGAUCUCGACCUCGCUGUCCUGUCAGCCCUCUGCGUCAUCCUCUUCCACUACGGAUCGCAUGAAGCUACCAAUGUACAAGUACUGCAUACACUGCAAGAUGGCCAUGAGAUCGUUGUCCAACUCGACUUUGCAGAGCAACGGGAGCUCGCUGAUUUCGAACCACCACAACUUGCCAAGCUCGUUGAUUCCGCAAGGCAACGAUCAAUCCAAGCUCAGAAUCUCGAUCACGGCUACGCUGCUUUCUAUGCACCUACCAAGAACCAUGCACCUUCCAGCGAGUUUGACAAGCUACAGUUCGACGUAAGGCCAGAGAUCUCGCUCGCUCUUUCGUAUCAUCUCCGAGAUAGCAAACAUCUCCUCCUCCAAAUCAAGGCAGCUCCCGCCGUUCAUUCCGAACAAUCAGCCCAACUACAAGUUCGUCAAGUUGCCGCACUUCUCCGAUCAUUUCAUCAUGACACCAAAAUGCAUGCUCUGUCUGUUGAACGCUUCGAUUGGAAGCUCAGAGCUUCCGACAACUCCAACUACGUCCAUCUGCCUGAUCCAGAAAACCUUCACGAUCGACAUGCUGACCGACUAGAAACCGAGUUUGAAUACUUUGCCGACAAUACGCCAGAAGCAUUAGCGCUUGACUUCCGCUUCGAUCUCAAGGAUCAAAAGUCGACCAAGUGGACCUAUGCCCAGAUGAACGAGCGAGCGGAAAAGGUCAAACAGCUUCUCUGGAGUCAUGGCAUUGGCUCUGCAAGUUCAUGUCCUCAAGUAGAUCACAUUGUUGCCCUCUAUCUAGAAAAGAGUCCCGAGACCUACCUCUCCUUCAUCGGUGUGCUCAAAGCCGGCGCUGCAUGGUGUCCUAUUGAUACUGACUGGCCGCCCUCCCGUAGACAGGCGCUUCUCGCCAAGUCCAACGCCAGCAUUGUCCUGACUCACGACGAUAAGAUCUCAAAACAGCUCGAGCAGGAUCUGCAAAGCGGCCAUGUCAAGAGCAAGGGUGGUAUCAAGGCCAUCCGACUCGAUCAGCUCGAUGCCGAGCUUCAAAAUGUCAAUGCAAUCCCAAACGAUGCAAUCCCCAACGAUGCAAUCCCCAACGCAGAGGGUGCUCGAUCAAUACAGCAGCUGGCCUACAUGAUCUGGACUUCCGGUACCACUGGUCUUCCCAAGGGCGUCGGUAUUCAACAUCUGGCCAUCAUCCAAGCUAUGCGAUCCCUUCGUCUCUACAUCCCCUAUGGCAAGGCCAAGAUCGGCACUGAUCAGAUCCGUUACUUGCAGUACUCGGCCUACAACUUUGAUCUGUCCAUCAUGGAUUGCUUUUACACAUGGGGCCUUGGCGGUACCAUCUGCUCGUGUCCGCGUGGCGUGCUUCUGCAGGAUCUCGUCGAGGUCUGCAACAGCAUCCAGCCCACACAUACCCUCUUGACACCGGCAGUCAUGGCCAUGACCGAGCGUCAUCGUGUGCCCAGUCUCAAGGUGGUCAUCUCGGGAGGCGAAAAGCUCAGCCAGGUCGUGGCAGACGAGUGGAGCAAGGACUGCUGUCUACUCAACCUCUAUGGCCCUGCUGAAGCCACCUUGAUUGCCAUGAACCGUCGCGUUCCCUACCGAGACCGCGUCAAGGCUCCCAACAUUGGUGUAGCACUGCCCACCGUUUCCUGCCAUGCCCUUGACAAGCAUGAUCGCGUCGUCAUCAAGGGUGCUGUCGGCGAGCUUGUACUUGGAGGUCCUCAGCUGGCGCGUGGAUACGUUGGUGAUCCCCUCAAGACUGCCGAAAAGUUCUUCCCACAUCCACAGCUCGGCAGGGUCUAUCGUACUGGAGACCUCGUGCGUCAGCUCGACAAUCAAGAGUUCGAGUACCUUGGCCGUAUCGAUGACCAGGUCAAGGUCAACGGUAUCCGUAUCGAGCUCCUCGAGAUCAACGCCGCGAUCAAGAAUAGCCACGACAAGAUCAAGGACUCGGAGACCAUGGCCUUCCCCAAGAAGGGCAACGAAAGCGAGCAGCAGAUUAUCAAUUUCUCUGCCCUGCCAGGCGGUCAGCCCGGAGAGCUUCUCAGGACUGACGAUGAAGCUGUUCCUGUCGCACGCGCACUUCAAGCCAACGCCAAGAAGAACCUGCCGUCAUACAUGGUGCCCAACCUGUUUGUCAUUCUCUCUCACUUCCCGCGCACUUCGAGCGCCAAGAUCGAUCGUAUCGCUCUCAAGAACGUCCUUGCCAACUUUGAUCAGCUCGAUUGGGAGAACAAGCUCGCAAACCAAGGCGAUGACGAUGACAUCGACCCAGCAUCCGCUGAGGCUGAAGCUUGUCUGCGCAAGUGGCUUGCUAAGCUCUGCAAUGUGGAUGCCAACAAGAUCGGCCGCAAGACCCCCUUCACCAGCGUUGGCCUCGACUCGAUCCGCGCCAUGACCUUCUCGCAGCGUGUAUCUCAAGAAUUCUACUCUGUCUCUGUGCUCGAUGUCGCUCGCUUCCCUACUCUCAAAGCGCUCGGUGAGCAUUUGCGGUCCUCUUCGGGGAGCGGCCAGAAACGUGAACAGCAGGCUGCUCACUUCCUUGCCGAGUGGGAUGCCGCCUUCCGACCUGCAGUGUCUUCCUGGCUUCGGCAAAGAGGGUCAACUGUGGAGAAUGCAGACAUCCAGAAGAUUCUUCCCUGCACACCGCUACAAGAAGGUAUGCUGGCAGAAUCUCAGCGUGACACUUCCAGCUACCGCAUCCAGCGUCAGUACCAGCUGCCUUUGGACUGUGAUGACCAACGACUCCGACAAGCCUUGUUCAAGACUGUUGAGCACUUUGACAGUUUGCGCACAUCCUUCGCUGACGCCGGAUCUCUUGACAUCGACAGCAAGGGCCAACAGUGGCCUUUCCAGCCGCACUUCCUGCAGUUGGUAUGGAAGUCAUUUACUCCCAAAAUUGAGCACCUGAAGAUCGCAGAUGACGUCAAUGCCGAGCAUGCCAUUCUCUCUACCGUCAAGUCGAAGCUUCAGUUAGAUCCCUUCGCAGUCGUACCCCCGGUUGCCUUCCUCCUGGUUGAACAGGGCAAAAAGAGGUCGUUGGUUUUGGUCGCUCAUCACAGUACCUACGAUGCUCGAUCCCUUGGCAUCUUCGAGGACUACGUCGAAGCGUACUACCAAGGCGCGGCGCCUCCGCCUUCGAGUCAGUUUUCAACUGCCUUAGCUCAGAUUUUGCCUAUCGAUGAAAAGGAGAUGAAAAGACAUGCCGAGGUCUGGAGCAAAGCGCUUUCCUCGUAUCCGAAAGGAGAAGCUGCCCCUUUCCCGAUCCUGUCGCUGACCAAGGCAUCAGAUGUAGAUGCAGAGGAGGCCAAUUUGCAUCAGUCUAGGUACAUGGAAGCCAACGUCCGUUGGGCGGACAUUGAGACCGUUUGCCGCCGUCUCGGCGUCUCCGCUCGACCUAUGGUGCAGACGGCUUGGGCUAUGGUUCUCUCCUCAUACCUCGAGUCUCCCCACCUCAUCCUCGGCGACUCGGUGUCUGGCCGGACUCUGUCUGCUGAUCUUGAUCAGGUGUACGGUCCCGUCCUGUCUACUGUACCAGUCCCUUUCGUGCUUCGACCUAAGCAGAAGCUCAGCGACCUGAUCAGGGAAAUGAAUGCAUUUCACACCUCUGUCAUGGAAGCCCAGCACACCGAUCUGGGAGCGAUCCGUCGCUUGCUUCAGGUUCCGCCAGGAGAGCACCUCUUUCACUCGGUCUUUGUCCUCGAACCAGCCCCAUCGCAGCCAGAACAAGUUGACCAGAAGCACUUCCGCCUGACCAAGCUUGCCGAUCUCGGCGUUGCCACAGAACACGUUCUUGGUGUUGAAGUACUUCCAGGCUCUGACGGAUGUGUGAAGCUCGGAUUGAGCUGGCAAAAAAGCUUCGUCAGCGAAGCUUUUGGCAGCUUGAUGCUUGAGCAAUUCAAUCGCAGCUUGGCUGCACUUUGCGCCUCCUGUGACGUCAACGUUCAGUCCUUCCUUCGAGAGGGAACCUAUCCGGAUCAGGAGACGUCAUCAUUGUACUCUGUCACAAAGAUGAUCGAGCAAGCCCAACUUCGAAAGACACUUUUCGCAGGCGUCAGCAGCUCGCUCAAUAAAGAGGCGAUCUCCGAGAAUAGAUGUGCUGUCGAGGUCUACCAAGAUAUUGCCGAUGCUGCGUCCAGGCGAAAGCCAGCGGCUACUAUUUCGUAUGCAGAGCUCGAACAUGCUAGCAACGGCGUCGCAAGCUUGCUAGGCCAUCUCCCGCGCAACUCUGUCGUCGGUGUGUGUUUAAAGCGUAGCUUGGAGAGCUACAUCGCUCCACUUGCAAUCUUGAAAGCGGGCCACGCCUACCUGCCGCUCGAUGCAACCCUUCCAGUCGAUAGGAAGAAAGAGCUUCUUAAGGACAGUGCUGCCGCUGUUCUGAUCAGCUCGAGUCAAGAGCCUGAACUUCACUCGAUUGCUGAUGUACAGAACCUCGAUGUCAACUCUGUCAGCUUUCAAGACGCAGCCAAGAAAAUCGAUGCAACCGUAACGGUGGAGACAGGGCCAGACGAUGUUGCUUUCAUCAUCUACACCUCAGGCUCCACUGGCAAGCCCAAGGGCUGUCUACUGACCCAGGCCAACCUCGCCGCUGCUAUCGAAGGCUUCCACAUCACAUACGAGCGGGAAGCGCCUGGCUCCUUCCAGUCUCCAGCACGCUUCCUGGCCCGAUCGGCUGAAGCCUUUGAUGUUCAUCUGCUCGAGAUGUUCCUCUCGCUACGUGUUGGGGCCACAAUCGUCACCGGACCACGUGCGCUGAUCCACGACGACAUCGCCAAGACCAUGUCCACGCUCGAAGUCACCCAUGCUUGCGUUGUGCCCUCCCUCUUCUUCAGCAAUGGACAGCGCGUCAAGCCCAGUGCUGUGCCCUCGCUCCGAGCUCUCAUCAUUGGAGGCGAAGCCUUGACUCUAGACCUGUGCCAGCUGUGGGGAAGUGAGGGAGCUGAACGGCCUGUUGUUCUCAACGCGUACGGGCCUAGUGAAGCGACCAUCGGCAACUCAAUCGCUCGAGUCAGCAAGCGCUCACGUCCAAGCAACAUCGGCGCUCCCUUCCAUGGAACGCAGUACUUGGUUCUCAAAGAAGUCGACCGCCGGCUGGUCCCAACUUUGCGGGGAGAGCCGGGCGAGCUUUGCAUCGGAGGAGACCAAGUUGGCAAAGGCUAUCUCAACCGUCCCGAGGCCUCGUCGUUCACUGAGUAUCAGGGACAGUGGAUCUACCGUACUGGAGACAUGGUGCGACUGCAUCCAAAUGACAAAGCCGAUUAUCUUGGCCGCAUGGAUGGCUCCCAGGUCAAGGUACGAGGUGCUCGUCUCGAACUCGGCGAAGUGGAUGCAGCGCUUACGGCUUGCCUCAAUCAGGAUCUCGGACAGACUGGGUCAGCUGUGACGAUCCAUGUGGACCAUCCGAAGAUUGAAGGUCCCGCUCGCCUCGUGUCCUUCUUCGCCCGCGAGGGUGCUCGCACGGAGGAGGAAGAUGCUUGCGAUCCAGCGAAGCUGCUUCUGCAGAGCUCUGACACUGCUACACGAGCAGCGGAGCUCAGGAAGCGAGUUCGCGUGAGACUGCCUCAGUACAUGGUUCCCAGCAUUGUGCUCCCCCUGGUCUACCUGCCAAUCUCGUCGCUAUCAGGCAAGGCCGACCGCCGAUUGCUCAAAGAUUUGUAUCACUCAAUCGAUCUCAGUCAACUAGCUAAUGCCUCUGCCACAGAUGGAACGCAGAAGCGAGAGCUAACAAGCAACGAGAACACGGUGGCCGACACCGUGCGCGCCACAAUUCGCCUGGUGUCAGACGUCGAACUCACGCACGACCUCGAUCUGAUCAUGGCAGGACUAGACAGUCUGACGGUUGUGACUCUGGCAAGCAAGCUCCGAAAGCUGAACUUUGACGUCUCGGUCUCUUCCAUCAUGAAUGAACCCUCCAUUGAAGCCAUUGCUCGUCGACGCUCGAGUAAGGAUGGGACCUCCGUACGUGAUGCGGCUCUUGAUUGGGAGCGCAAGGUAUCUGAGCUCACUGCUAAAGCCGCUGCCUUGCCGCAGUAUAGUCAGACGCAGAUCGAAAAAGUCCUGCCUUGUGUUCCUAUCCAGACUGCGUUGAUCUCACAAGCCAUCUCGGAAGAUCGUGGCACUCCACGCUACAUCACUACUAUCACCGUCAACAUAGCACGCGGACACUUCACAACAGAGCAGAUCCGCUCUGCCUGGAUGGACACCCUUGCAAGACAUCCUAUCUACCGCACCAUCUUCGCAGAGAUCGACCGUGCGCUUGUGCAGGUCGUUCUCUCCCCCGAAGCCUUAGCCUCGAGCUGGUCCCUCGCUGCGGAGGAGCUCCCGCCUGCCAAAGAGCUAGAAAUGUAUCACUCGCGCACGGCUCGAGAGAUCGCUGCCACCUUGGACAGCCAGCCUGCCCUGCGGAUUAGGCUUUGGAACAGUAAGGGCUUGGCCCCAUCGCUCACCUUGACCUGUUCACACGCGAUCUAUGACGGUGAAUCGAUCCGAAUGCUCUUGAAGGAGGCAUCUGAUCGCCUUCAGGGUCAACUGAAAGAAGAACCCGCGACUCCCUUCGCAGUCGCGACCCGCGCCAUUGUGGGUGAUGCCAGGGAAGAAGCGACGAAGAAGUUCUGGAGAGAGACACUCGCGGGCUUCUCAAUCACUCAAGUUCCGAACCUAACAGGUGUGCGACCGGAAAAUCGUCCCAGCAAGAGUGAAGAGCUGACGAUCAUAUCAUCUCAGUCUUAUUCGAAACUGGAGGUGGUAGCGCGUUCCAGCAAAGUCACUGUUCAGUCCAUCCUGAUUGCUGUCUUCGCCCACCUUCUUGGUCUUUACGUCGGCGAUGACGAGGUCACUCUCGGUCUGGUACUGUCAGGCCGCAGCAUUCCGGUGGGCAAUGUCAAGACAAUUCACGGACCUUGCGUCACAACGGUGCCAUUUCGUCUGUAUGAGGCGAGGAAGCCUCUCUCGCUGGAUCUUUGCGUUCGCGCUCAUCAUGUGGUCAAUGCGCUGCUACCGUAUCAGCAUGUAUCGUUGCCGCAGCUGAUGCGCUGGCUAGACCUCUCACGAUCGCCGUUCGAGGCGCUAUUCUCGUACUUGGGUCGGGCAACCUCGUCUUCAGAGCCGCUUCUGUUUUCUGAAGGAGCGACGCGGAUGGAGAGGGACUACCCUCUUGCGCUCGAGGUCAGCGCCACUGAUGACGAUGUCAGCCUUCACCUCGCCUUCGACUCUCGUUUGAUCCCUGUGGAGCAAGCCAAGCUAAUGCUAUCUCAGUACGACUCUGUUCUCACCUCCUUCACUGGAGUAAAGCAGAGUCCUUCUAUCGAAGCCGAGCUACUGUCCAUCCUGAACAAGGAUUGCUACGUGCCUGCAUCGCCGAGCGAGAGUUUUGUCGCCCGCUUCACCGAGCACGCUAGCAAGACUCCUGGGGCUUCUGCUAUUGCUUUCACUCUAUCCAUGCGUGAGACCCCGAAGAUCACCACUUACGCGGAGCUGGAUUCGCUCAGCUCCACCAUCGCUCACCGCUUGGCUGACAAGCCUGGCCAGUUCGUCGGUGUGCAUCUCAACAAGGACGGCCCUGAACUCUACGCCACCAUCCUCGCUAUCUGGAAAGCGGGCAAGGCCUACUUGCCCCUUGAUCCUGCCCUGCCCGCCGAGCGUCUGUCGUACAUGAUCGAGUCUGUCAGCGACUGUCCCGUGAUCGCUAGUCAGAGUACCAGAGCAAAUCUGGCCACUUUCCAUUGCGAGGUGCUCGACCUCGCCGAUUUGGCCAAGACAUGUACCAAUGCAUUCGAGCUCCCUAAGCCCAGUCUCGAUGCUCCAUGCUACCUCUUGUUCACUUCAGGCUCGACUGGCAAGCCAAAAGCUGUGCAGAUCAAUCAGCGUGCUUUGGCCGGCGCUCUUUAUUCGUGGGAACGCAUUCUUCCCUUCACACAACAGUCACGCUUCCUGCAGCUGGCCUCGAUCGGUUUCGACGUGUGUCUCAUCGAGAUGUGCAUGCCGCUUUCCCUUGGAUUCUCGAUCGGCACCGCACCCAAGCAAGAACUUCUCGAGGACUUAACCCAUUCGAUCAAGCAUCUCGGCAUUACCAUCGCCGACUUGCCUGCUGCCCUUGCUGGAACGGUCCAUCCCGACGACGUGCAGCUUGAGUGGCUCAUGAGUGGAGGUGAUGUCAUCGAUGCUCGUGUUGUCGAUGAGUGGAACCAGGCAGGACGUAUCCUCAUCAAUGCGUGGGGUCCUACGGAGGCCACCAUCGGCAACACACUGGGUCAGAUCAAGACGGGCGCGACCCGGAACCUGAUCGGCCGCGUGUACCCCACAUCCUCGAUGUAUGUGCUGGAGGAAGGCUCGACCCGAGUCCUGCCGUCCGGUGCGAUCGGCGAGCUAGUAGUAGGAGGUCCACAGGUGGCCGACUGCUACCAUGGCCGCGACGACUUGACCGCCGAGAAGUUCAUUUAUCUUGAGGACGGCAGUCGAGUCUACCGUACUGGUGACCUCGGUCGAUUCCUGCACGAUGAGACGGUCGAAUGCCUUGGGCGAAUCGGCUCUGAUCGUCAAGUCAAGGUGAAUGGACAGCGGAUGGAGCUGGACGAGGUCUCGUCCGUGCUUUCUGCCCAGACUGGUGUUCAUGACGUUGAUGUCCAGUACUUGAAGCAUCCUUCGAUGGGCAUGAAGCAGCUGGUUGCUUUCGUCGCUGCUGCGGACUUGCGAGCCAAGGGUGAUGCCCUCAAGCCUCGAGAAGACGAGGCUGCGAUCGAGCUUUGCAAUCGACUCGAGCAGGAAGCGGCGAAACGUCUUGCUGCGUACAUGGUCCCAACACACUGGAUCGUGACCAACCGCGGUCUCCCGCUGACGCACAACAACAAGACAGACCACAAAGCUUUGUCGCAGUUUUACGAGCGGCUCGAUGCAUCAUUGCUCCGCUCUUUGGGCGCCAUGAGGGAGGGCGCUAUCUCGAGCCAGGCCUGGACUGAGUCCGAAAAAGAGCUGCGCAAGCUGAUCGCGCGUUUCAGCGACGUUCCAGAGGACCAGAUUGCAAGGACGACAUCCUUCCACCGCCUUGGAAUCGACUCCAUCUCUGCGAUUCGUCUUGUCAAAGAGCUGUGCGCCCUCGGGUACACCUUCACGGUUGCAGACGUUCUCAGCACACCCAACAUUGCUGCUCUAGCAGAGAAAGAGAAGGAGACCCCCCCUGCGCACAAGACUCAAGCCGAUUUCGACCUCAAGGAAUGGAUCAGAGAAACCACUGCUAUAGCGCAGAAAGCAGGAUGGAGACUGUCCGAUGCAGACUCGAUCGAGUCGAUCCUGCCGUGCACGCCUCUUCAGUCAGGCAUGAUCGCGCAGUCGCUUGCCUCCUCAGGUCGUUUGUACUUCCACCACCACGCAUUCGAGGUGUCGAAAGUGACAGUCGAUAAGGCAUCCAGUGCUUGGAAGAAGCUUGUCGAGCGUCUCGAUAUUCUUCGUGCCACUUUCCAUGCUGUCGAAGGUGAACACCCUUGGGCGCAGGCGGUGCACUCCUUAGUCGAGCCUCGUGUCAUAAAACACAAAGGAAGCUUCUCGAGCCCUGACCUCAACGCCCUCGAUGGACAGCCAUCCUUCGAGGACGAAGAAGCCUUCCGCGUUGCGCCUCAUGUCCUCCAUUUGUGGCCGAAAUCAAACGAGAAGGGAGACAGCACUAUCAUGCUCAGCAUCCACCACGCUCUGUAUGACGGAACUUCAUUGCCUCAGCUGCUCGAAGAUUUCGAAGCACUCAUCGCCGGCAACGAGCAGCAGCUGAUCACUCGCUUGCCCUUCUGCAAGUUGGCGCCUGCGCUGUUGUCGCGAGACAAAGACGUGCGGUACUGGACAGAUGCUCUGCAAGGGCUCCAACCCACUCUGCUUGCAGCCGCUUCAACCCAUGGUGCCGCCGUCUUGAUCGAGAAGGAAAUCGCUUUGACAGCUCAAGAGCUCGAGAUCCAGUGCCGAUCCAUUGGAGUGUCUCCGCAGGUGCUCUGCAACCUUGCUUUCGGCAAGUUGCUAGCUCUCGAGAGCGGCACGCGAGAUGUUUGCUUCGGCCAGCUCUUUGGUCUUCUGGAUCUCAUGCCAGAGGCCGAUACCGCGGUUGGACCGGCUUUCAACACUGUGGCUACUCGCAUCCGAUUUGCGGAUCUCGAAAAGCCUGCUAAGCAGGUUGCGGUUGCGUUGCAGUUAGCCAAUGACGCCGGACGACCGCAUCGACGCGCUGCUCUACGUGAUGUCCAAGCCAAGCUACACCGCGGUCAGCUCUUUGAUGCUCUCUUUGACUAUCAGCGGGCAUAUGAUCAGGCUGACAACAGCCGCUUGCGCGCGCUCGACUUGCCCGACAGCGGAGAAGAGAGCGCACAGUACACGCUCAACGUUGCCUUUGUUCAGGGUCCAAGCAAGAUGUCGAUUGUUGCCAAAGCAGACAGUCAGCGUUACGAUGCUCAGCGCCUUGCUGCCGUGGUAGAUCGACUCGAAGAGCUGUUGAAGCACCUCUCCAGCCACGUCGACGCUUCAGUCUCUGCUUUGCCGGAGAGCUGCAGUGACACUGCAUUCCCCACAUACCUGCCUGAAGGCACGUCUGCGGUCAACGGCUCCACUCACGCUAACGGUAAGCCGAGCACAAAUGGAGAUGCACAGCUCAGCGAAGAAGGUCGUCAGCUGGCUGCUAUCAUCAGCAAGGUCUCAGGAGUUGUCGAGAGUGAGCUGCAAGGCGACUCUCGUUUGUCCACGUUGGGUCUCGACUCGAUCUCUGCGAUUCGCAUCGCCUCGCAGGCGCGCAAAGCUGGUAUCGACCUGCGUAUGGGCGAGAUCGUUGCCGGGGAGACCAUCAAUGGUAUCCUUGCUCGCCGAUCUCAGGCGAAUGGAGCUGGAUCAGGAACUGCAGGCAAAGCGAAUGUUCGACCGAACGGGCACGCGAAUGGCAAUAGCCAUGUCAAUCGUGUGUCCACCGUGUCACCCGUCCUGGCACAGCAGGUCGCAGUACAGCUAGGAGUCGAGGCAGAUCGUAUCGAGCGCGUGCUUCCCAUCCUUGCCGGACAAAAGCUGUGGCUCGCAACUUGGACUCAGUCGAAGGCUGGACGAGGUGAAGGCGGGUACAGCUUCGCUUACCGUCUUCCAGGCGUAAAUGCGGCCAAGGCUAAGAGCACUUGGGAGAAGCUGCGCCAGUUGCAGCCGAUCCUUCGCACCACUUUCCUUCUCAGCCAGGAUGGAAGCGCCGUGCAGGUCGUGCUCAAGGCCGAGUCGAGCCCGGAACAGACACACUUCUCAGAAGUGAGCGUGGAGAAUAGUGACGUCGAGGCUGCAGCAAUUGCCGUCGUUGCUCGCCAUGCUGCCGACGGCUGGCCUGACCUCUCAAGGCCACCCGUUCAGCUCACCCUGGUGGGUGACAUCCUCGUCUUCUCACUACAUCACGUCCUCUACGAUGCUUUCUCAAUUGAGAUGCUCGUUCAUGAUUUCGGACUGCUGCACCACGGCAGCAACCCGACAAGCUCAAACAAGUGGGUGCAAGCCGUUGAGCAUAUUGCGGACGAGCAACAGCAGAUCCGAGCAGAUGCGGAGCGAUACUGGUCUCAGUCACUCUCGACAGCAUCCAGCGGACUCUUGCCCGCUGUAGCUACUGCCACCGAUGCUGUAGAAGCGUUCCACGCCGAGCGCAAGGCCAUUUCUGUGUCUCCCGAAACGGACGCGAAGAUGCGAAAAGCUGGCUUGACACUGCCUGCAAUCGUGCUUGCAGCUUGGUCGACUCUGCUGUCCGAGCGUUUGAACACCUCUGUCGCAUCGUCGCCUGUCUUUGGCUUGUAUCAGCUCGGUCGCUCAGCUGCAGUCGAUGGCAUUGAGAAGGUGCAAGGACCACUCCUGAACAUGCUUCCGAUCAAGAUCGAAGGAGUCUCGGUCCUGGACAAGGCUCGAGCAGCGACGAAGGAGCUUCGCUUGCGAGGCCUCUACGAGCAGACCGACUUGGUUGACGUACACCGAUGGGCUGGGCUUAGCACAUAUAAGCCGAGCUACAAUACUUUUGUCAACUUGCUCAUCACGUCGAAAGAGGCUGACGACGGUGAAGAGGCUGUAGACGCGAUGCAGCCUGUUGAUCUGGGACAUCCGUUCAGCUACGCUACAAAGGAUGAUCAAGUUCAGAAAGGCAUCGAGAUUCAGACAAAGGCGACAGUUGUCAAGACUCACGCUGCGAUCUGGCAACCUGACGUCAACGUCGAUGUUGUGCUUGGCGGAAACGACGGGGUUGACAUCGCAAUUAAGGCCAAGAUUGCUGUGAUUGGCGAAGCAGAGCUGCCUUCGGUCGUGCGUCGACUGGCAAACUUGGUUCACAAGGCAUUGAGUCAGCUCUGA